AUGCUUGACCCGUCACCCGUCCUAGGCUUUGUAGUGCGCGCUCCUCGGCGAGCCCAGAUUCGAAAAGAAGCUCUUUUGCCCAUUAUGUUUGGUCGCAAACAUGCUGCACCAGUGCAGCCGGCCGGAAUCGAUUUUCCUUCCAACAACCUCGCCUUUUAUGAUCAUAUUCCAGUGCUAAUCAUGUAUGUUGUUCGCUCGCCGCAGCCCUUGACCAAGGAGACAGCCAAUGCGAAUGCUGCCACCGCCGCCGCUUCAGCCUUUAUGCGUCGCGCCUCCGAUGCGUCUCUUUCCUCCGCCGCCGCCGCCGCCGCCUUGAGGUCUCGACCUACAAGUCCGACCAAUGUUGCCGAUGUACAAUCAAAAAGACUGUCGCGGCGGAGCCCAUCUGUGUCCUCCUCCACAGGCAAGCGACGCGAGCUGACAAGGACCCCCAGUGUUGGCUCAAUGAUGGAGCGCACGUUCCGAUCGCCAUCGCCCGGCCGCAGUCCAGCGCCGGUAUCCUAUGACGUACCUCCUAUCCCAAGUAUUCCCAACACCGACAAGCCCUCGUCUCGACCAAACAGCUCCUCGCGCAAAGGUUCCGCUGGCCUGCAGACCCAAAACUUUCGGACAGCGAGCGAGAAGAUGAGAGAUGGCCAGAAAGGGUCUUGGUUUGCUGCUGCUGCCGCCCACGAUUUGCAUACAGUGCGCCGGACAGCCUCGGAACUUCAACUCUCCUCGACCCGUGCGCCAUCCGAACCACGGCCUGGGAGCGUCAGCCCGUCAAUCAACUUCUCGUAUCCCCGCGCAAGACUGCACUCGCCUAGCAGAAGCUUAAGCUCGCUUCAAUCAGACGAUCAGCCUCUGGUAUACGACCCAAAUUCUCGGCGCAUGGUGCCAAGGGCCCAACUCGAGGCCCGAUCGCAAGCUACAUACGAAGAGUAUGAACAAGUCAUAGAGAGGCCUCAAACCAAAAAAAAACAAUCAAAACAACCUAAAGAGCUGAAACAGCCUCGCUUGUCGAGAGCUGGUUCCCAUCUCUCACGUGGGACCGUCGCAAGAACAAAGGCGCCUGUCUUAGAAUCCGACGAGGUACCAGAGCUUCAGUCACCCCCCAUCGCGGCACUCGAGCCUCAACCGGACCGAGAAAUGGAGACCGAGAUAGAUGCUUCACUAGCGAAACCAAAAACGAAGAAAAAGAAGAAGAGGCAGACUCAGCCCACUGCCCUGGCGGUCCCUGAGUUAGCGGCAACAGAAACACCGCACAGCUCUAUUCCGGAAAGUAUAAAAGCUGAGCAGCCCUUUGCAUCUGCGAAGAGCAAUGCCGUCCGGUCAUCUCCUAUGGAAAAUGCAGCAAAAUCUUGUAAUGUGGCGAAUGGCGCCACUCCUUCGCCACACGCGAAAUCCAAAGUGAAAGCUGUGGCUUCAAGAGAACCUUCAGAGAGCCCUGCUCGCUCUGCCAGAUUUGCAGCAUCAACAGACCAAUUAGUCGUGCGACACGAGCCGCCUUCACGAUCACUUUCCCCUCGCAAGUCUGCCCUGAAGCAUUCCAGUCCUACCAGAGCUGUUUCACCUUCUGACGAUGGAUCGGACGUCUCGGCAGCCCCUGGCUCCCUGGCUUCUCCCGACGAGGCCCGCAAGAAGAGCUUCAGAGUUAGUUGGGAUGAUCGAAGUACAGUGGUCGUGAGUGAGCCUAUAACGCAACAUGCUGCCGAACAGGCUGCUAGUUCCAGUCCGCAGACCAAGAAGUCGUGGCACAGCAUCAUUGGCAAGGGAAGCAGAAAAGAUGCCGUCUCGGUUGAAAAAGAGGAGACCAUGUCCCCCAGACCGGCGCUUCCCAGCUUCGGAAGCGUACGGGAGAAGAAACCGAAGGAGCAAGAGGAAAGACCGCUAGUUCGACCUGAACAUGUCGUCCAGAACGAAAUACCCACUGCAGCUGCAGCUGCCGCUGCAACUGCUUCAACUGCGCUUCCUAUCGCGCCUAACACGUCCAAGCCGCGAGAGCCCUUACCAGUUGGUCUUCCGUCUGUGGGGAAAGAGGAAGAAGCUUCAAGCUCAGAAGAUGGUCUAAUGGAGGAUACAUCCGAUGAUGACGUUGAUUCUGAAGUUGAAGCUGACAGUGGUGCUAAUGGCGUUUCAACGAAAAGCAACCAAUUCUCUGGAAAUGCUGUACCAACAAUAGCAGUUUCACAUGCUAGCCCUCUCUUGCCGCAAACCGAACAGCAUGAACAGGUGGUAUCCGUCAGUGUGGAUGAUGAUGAGAGCUCUUCGGGCAGCGGAGAACUAGAUUUUACUGAUGGUCAUUCCAAUGGCACCGUCCUCCUCAUGGAUGAUAUCAAGGAAGAGGAAGAAGAGAUAGACAUGUACAGCGAUGCUUACGAAGAGAUCGCUGAACCAGAAGGCGAUGGUUUUUUGUCUUUGGACGCUGUUCUAGAAAGCCCAACUAGCUCGCCCAAUGCAAAGAAUGCGAAUGGCAAACCUAUCGCUGAAAAGAAGGAGCUUACAGCUGCCGAAACAGUCGAUCGAAGCGACACCCCGGAUGACUGGGAGAACGCCAAGGCCUAUUGGAAGAGUCUCUCGUCUGCAAAGCGGCGACAGCUAGAAUGCGAAGCCAUGGAGGAAGGCGAGGAAACGAGUCCAGGAAGCCCCCAAUCAGCGAACACCAACCUACGCAAGUCAGCGAAGGCCAAUGCAGAAACAACGACCCCCACAAAAAAGCGCUUGUAUCAGGUUGCACCAAGCACAAGUCUAUCAUAUAAUAGUACGCCGGAGGCUACCCCGACCCAUCCAGAGUCGAAGGCGAACGGUAGCAGUAUGCGAAAGUCAAUGAGAGAAAGCCAGUCCAAUGGCGUGCAGAAAUCUGAACCUCGAAAGCUUGGUGGCAGUCUUCGGAAGUCUAUGCGACCAGAGCAGCCUGUCUCCGCCGACACAGAGUCUCUUCCCCGGCCUUUGGCUGGGUCAACAUCUCCGACCUCUGCGCCCCGCGUCAAACGGUCACUUCGUCACAACUCUGUGAAUUUGAGCAGCUUGGAAACACGGCCCUCGGUAAGCGCGACUGAUCGUCCCGCGUCAUAUCAUGCACCUGUGAACUCAACUUCUUCCACGAAGCACACGAAAAGUCUUCGAGCGAAUGGCUCUGCUUCCGCCGAGUCUGCAAUGCAAGGCGCUGGCAUGAAGACGACGUUGCGUCGCCGCGGCUCUGAUUCCAGCGAGAGUAGCUUCACACGUGCGCGGGCUGGCUCUGCUAGUACACACGAGUUCCGCAGUUCGAUGCGAGGCAGCAUGCGCCAGCCACCAGCCACAGCCGACGAAACUGCUCUCAGAGCGCGACGCGACUCCGCCUCAUCUCUUCCAACGGGAAGCAGCUUUGGUGCGGGUCGCCUGCGCCAGUCCCUUCGUGGCGAGUCGGCAGAUCCGCCUACCAGAAGACGCAUGCCCGGCUUCGGAAAGUCGACGCCAACCAAAUCAAAGAAGGGUAAGAGCAACAGUCGAUUUGACGACUCGAGUGACGAAGAAGAAGGAUAUGCAGGCAUAAACUUUUUCCAGAGCCGUUUUGCAGACUCCAGCUCCGAGGACGAUGAACCACAAACAAAGUCCAAGGGCAAAGGCAUACCGAAGUCGUUACGCACGAAGUCAAAUGCUCGUGCCGCCUCCAGUGCAAUCGUUGGGCCUGAUUCUCCCAUGCUUGAUAAUGCCGCUCUCACCCAGUCUCAACUGACACAAGUUGUCGGAAGCCCUGUCACCGGCCGGGGACCGUUACCACUGAACGAAGAUGCCGACAAGCCAUUCCGGCCCCAACACAGCAGACGCGGCAGCUUCAUCUCACUACUGAGACGUAAGAAGGACUCUGCGAACAGAGUCACCCGCGACCUGACAGAGGCCGCCGCUCGGCAAAAUGUCAAUCUUGAACGCAGCCCGCAAGAGCUGGAGGCGCUUCGCAACACACCGCUGCACAAGCGCGGUCCAAGCUGGCCGCUUCCCGAGCCUACGGAGACGACUGCUUUCGGAGCCGACCACCAGCACUCGCCAGACCGCCCGUCUACAGCGGGAGAUGCUGUUAUCAACACCAGCUCCAACAAGUCCAAAUUUAUGCGACGACGCAGCGCGUCACAUAGCAUGGUUCCCGCAGACACUGCCGACAUGGACGACGACCUUGUCACAGAUGCGGUCCCGCAGAAGAAGAAAAAGUUUGGCGCCCUGCGGAAGAUGUUUGGACUGCAUGACUAG